CAAUCACUCACAUACAAUGAGUUGAGUUAUUUACGGAUAGAUCAAUAUUAAAUCGCGAAGCAAGACACUAGUUUUGAGUUUUGACAACCUUAGUAGAGAAGGCAAUGUGUGGAACGGACUACGAGAGGAUGAAGAUAGGGAUGAAUUCCAUUGGUGGUGGAAGUUAUUCCAGCCCACUCAAAAGAAAUCUAGAAAACCAGAAGAAAGAUUUGCAGCCCACAGUCCGACGUGGCAUUUUCCUCACCGCCUGGCCAAAAAGAACUCCACCAAUCGGUAAAAUCGUGUUCUUCUUCUCCGAGAAACCAAACUCUUCCUCCCUAAUUCUUCAUCCACCAUCAAUGGCGGCAGUGACUGCACCACCAUCUUCCGCCGCUUAUUUCCGAGGAAGCAAGCCAACCGAACAAUUCUUAUCCAUAGCAUCCACCAAGCUCCGCUCCCCUCACCAGUCAUGCUCCACCAGAAGAUCCCUCUCAAUCGUCGCCAUGGCACCGCAGAAGAAGGUGAACAAGAUCGACGGCGGGUGGAAGAAGCAGUGGUACGGCGCCGGGAUAUUCUACGAGAGCGGCGAGGAGCUGGAGGUGGACGUGUUCAAGAAGCUGGAGAAGCGGAAGGUUCUGAGCAACGUCGAGAAGGCUGGCUUGCUCUCCAAGGCCGAGGAGCUGGGAGUCACGCUGUCGUCGAUCGAGAAGCUGGGGUUGUUCUCCAAAGCAGAGGAGCUGGGGCUGCUCAGCCUGUUGGAGAAGGUAGCCACCGUUUCGCCGGCUGCACUCGCGUCCGCUGCGCUGCCGGCGGCUGUGGCGGCGCUUGCGGCGGUGGUGAUAAUACCGGAUGAUUCGGCCGGACUGGUGGCCGUCCAAGCUGUGGUCGCCGGGACACUAGGAGUCGGCGCCGCUGGGCUGUUUGUGGGGUCGAUUUUGCUCGAAGGAUUGCAGGAAGCUGAUUGAAAUUUGCAAAAUUUUAGUGUUUGUGUUAUUCGUUGGAGAUUUAAUUUGUCGGUUUUGUAUCGUACGAAUAAUUUGAAUUGUGAAUGGAACGAUUGCUAAAAAAUAGAACCAGAAAGAUCGGGAUCGCUCCGUACGACGGCGAACCUGCCGGAAGGCAGAAUAAAAAAAAUCCUAAAAAAUAAAAAAAAUCCUAAAAAAUGGAGAUGCGGGGUAUCGAUCCCCGUACCUCUCGCAUGCUAAGCGAGCGCUCUACCAUCUGAGCUACAUCCCC